CAAACAUAUCAUUAUGACAAUCACGUCUGGUAUUCAUCUGAAACUAAUUGGUCAAACUGCCAUGCACAGGGUUAAUAAAAACAAAGGUGUGCAGCGUAAAAGACAUAAUACCUGUAAACAUCUUUAUGAUAGUGGGACAGCAUUUAGCUGCAAAUGAAGUGUAAAGAAAAGUCAAUGAAAAGGAUUAUUCACAUAGAGUAUCCUUUGGAAGACCACAGAUUUCAGAAUUGUAUUAAUGCAGCCAUUUACAACAUAUAUUUGAAUUUUUUUUUAAACAAACUGAUCCCGAAUUAGCGAGGUUUACAACUUUGAAUAUGUAGCUGUAAAUAUAAACCAACAUGGGUUCUACUUAGUACACUUUAUUACAUUUCUUGUAACAUGAAGAAAAGGAUUCAGACAGCAGUUUGGCAAAGCCAGAGUCUUACAUGUAUUAGCAUGUUCUCGGUGUAAAGAAUUUAGUUGGUUCUGAACAUCUGGAUGAGAUGUUUUAGUCAGAGUAUUGAUAGUGUGCACAGGAGGAUGAAAAAAAACCCCAACAGGAUCUCAAAAUCAAAACUUUAUAGACUGUGACUUCAUUGUCCUUGAACAUCUUAGCAAUCCAUGCUUGUCUUUAAGUUCUUGUGAGAGAUACGGAACUCUUACUGCUGCAUUUGCUGCAAUAUCUCCUGAUAUUUUAACAACAAUAUAAAAAAAAAUUAUAAUAAUAAUAAAAUAAAGCUUAGCCUACUUCCUUAUAUUGUUAAUUUAGAAGGGUUCGCCAUAGCAUGAUAACUGUGUAAUGAAUGUAACAUUUUAAAUACCAUCCUAAAUUCAAUAGAAAAGCAGAGUCCACCCACAACUGUCACAUUACUCAGUAGCACAGUCUUUAAUGACUCAAAAGGAAAAGGAAUAUAAUGUAGACACACAAGUAUGAUUUUUAAGAACCAGCAAGGAAACACAGACAGGACUACACAUUAUAUAUUAAUCUAAACGAGGGACAGACAGGUGUGGGAAAAACUAAUCAAACUAACAAGGACAGGAAAAAGACCAAAUAAGUCAAAACAGGAACUCAAACUGGGGCCAAACACACAGGCAGUCCACAAUGCUGACAACAGCAAACAAUAACUUCUAAACAGACCUGCUGUAAGCCCCAAAGCUGGUGGAUAAUUGAGUAGAAACCAUCCGCUGGUGUUAUUUCAGCUUAUUUUAUUUUAAAAAAAGCUUUAUAUUAAAAGUAAUAUAAAGUCAUAUUAAAAAGUGUCAGCUGCUUUCAGUUAUUUUAGCUUAUGUUUGUUGAUAUAUUAUUUAGUUUAUGUUGGUUGAUGUUUCACAUAGUCUAGUAUUUGUUACCAUAAUAUUUUAAUGUACUGUUAUAAUCAGUGGUUUGUAAAACAAAUAAGUUUACAUUACUGCACUUCGUUAAGAACUUGAAACUGAAUGAAAUUGAAGUCUGACACAUUUGCAGAAAAGACUAAACAAAAACUAAAAAAUGAAAACAUCAGGCACCGUGUUAUUGAAGAUUCUAAUAAUCCUCUUAGAAAGCUCCUAGCUUAACUUAAAAAUUCUAGUUAGGAGUCUUAGCUUAAUGAAUGUGGGCCCUGAUCAAUAUCCUAGGAUUUUAAUUGACUUGAUGCUAUACUCAGAUUAAAAAAAAAGAUUAUUUGCAAUAUUCUUUGUGUUGUGGUUUUCACACAUUUCUUUCUUUUCUGUUCUUCCGUUAACUCUGGAUGUAGCCACUCUCACAAACUUAAGACAUUUACUUCUUCUUUUACAUCUUAUUUUACUUCUUUUAACUCUUAGGCCUGACUCUGACAAAUGUUCUUAGUUAUAAUGUCAUUUUACUAAGCAUUUCUUGCAGCAUAAACUACAUGACCAAAGCCUUAAUAUAUCUGACCUAAUGUGGAGCACCUAAUAAUGGUCCCUGUAAUGUUUUCGAAGGAUAAGGAAAUGAUUACUCUUUGACUAUUUUUUUGCAAUAAAAAAGUAAAAAGCUUUAAAAGACUUAAUUUCAUGCUAUAUUUAAAAUAGAAAAUUGUCAUGACAAUUAACUUCUGAUCUUUUAUUAUUCAAUAGUAUACAGUGUCAUGUUGCUAAUUAAUUAUAACUGAAAGUGCAGCAAAUGUGAUCUUUGUUUUGUGUUUCCUGCUAGAAAGCAUGUCAUUUGUCACCAUUAGCACAUGCCAUUGUGUGGGAGGGCUUAUUUCAGGAGCUCAUAUUUAGUUUUGAAUUUUAGAGAAGUAAAAAAUAUUUGAUCAUGAUGGAGAUCAAGGUAGGCUUCAAUUCAACAUCUAACAGCACUGCUGUGGGUUCAGAGAAGAUCGCUCCUGCUGUAUUUCUGGGUUUGUGUUGUUUGGUUGGUUUGCCAAGCAACAUUGUAGUAAUCAUCAGCAUUGCUCGUGAGUGGAACAGCAGUCUGAGCUUUACGUUGAAACUAAUGCUAAACCUUGCAGUCUCUGAUACUUUGACACUUUGCCUUCCUCCUUUUGUGCUGUAUGGAAUACUGUUUGGAUGGAAAUUUGGCCUUUGGUUUUGUAAGUUCCUGUUUUUUGUGGGUCACUGGAGUCUGUAUGUUGCUGUUCUGACGGUCACCUCCAUGAGCGUGCACCGAUAUCACAAUGUCAUCAAGUCAAGAAUCACUAACAGGAUGAUACUGCAGAGACUGGAAAGACGGCACAGGAACCUUCAGCUGCUUGGCAUCUGGAUUCUAGCCUUUGUUUUUGCCCUGCCAGUAUUUUUUACUCAAGGAGUCAAAGACAGUGAUGGAUUGCUAAGAUGUCAGAGAGCAAUGAAGUCACAGUCAGUAGAAGUGACUGUUUUGCUUUUGGAGAUCCUGUCGGGGUUCGUCAUCCCAUUUUUGACAAUGUUGACAUGUUAUCUAUGGUUGGACAAAGGGUUGAGACAAAAAGCCAAGAGCUCCAGUCUAACUACAGCUCCACAGGACCAGGAACCCAGAAACCAGGGUACAAAUCCUAGGAAUUACAAUAAGAAGCUUGUGAUCAGCAUUGUCGUGGCUUUCUUUCUGUUUUGGACUCCUGUGCACAUUAUCAAUGUGAUUGAUAUAAUCACUACUCUGACUAAAACAUCUCGUCCAGAUGUUCAUUCCCAACUGAAUUCUUUCCGCCAAAUAUAUGGUGAUACAAGCAAGUCUCUGGCUUUGCUAAACUGCUGUCUUAAUCCUUUUCUUUAUUCCAUCUCUUCACGGAAAUGUAUGAAAUGUUUCAGAAUGAGCUAA